CAGAAGAAGAAGAAAGGGGCUUGGAAGGGGCGGGGCUUUGCUGGAGGCAAAAAAAAAAAAACCCAGAGAAGGGUUGUCGUUGUUUUUAGUCUAAACUAAACUCGUAGUACUAAUUUGAUUGCAUUUAACUGUGAAACGGACAGAAAUACCAAGGAGAGUAAACAUGGAUGCUGGUGAAGACCAAAACACAGGCACCACCAAUGGAAAUCCUCAAACAAGUGGCAACUCUCGUGCACCCCAGAUAGCCCACAUGUCUCUUUAUGAGAGACAAGCCGUACAGGCUCUCCAAGCAUUGCAAAGACAGCCAAAUGCAGCUCAGUACUUCCAGCAGCUCAUGCUGCAGCAGCAGAUCAGUAGUGCUCAACUCCACAACCUAGCAGCCGUGCAACAGGUAACCAGGGCCACGUUUGCAGCUAGUCGUCAGUCCAGUACCCCAAGUAACAGCAUGUCCCAGGCACCCACUACUGUCAACCUAAGCACCACAUCUGCGGGAGGCACCAUGACCAAUCCCCGUCCUCACGGCCCAGCCACCUCUGCAACGACAACAGCUCUCAACCAGUCAGUGUUGCUGGGCGGAAACUCUGCAGGACAGGGACAGAUGUAUCUUAGGGUCAAUCGCUCCCUCAGGGCUCCCCUUGCCUCUCAGCUCAUCUUCAUGCCUGGUGGUACAGCAACAGCUACUGUAGCAACAGUUGCCCAGACGCAGCCCCAGCAGCAGCAGCAGCAGCAACCACAACAACAACAACAGCAGCAGCAGCAGCAGCAGCAACAACAACAACAACAUGAAGUUGCUCCUACCAGCGCCCAGUCUGACAAUGAUCAGGUGCAGAAUCUGGCCCUACACUGCGCUCCCAGGCCGGUUGCUGUCAAGUCUGAGCUCCCAGAGAGGAAAGAUGUUGCCAGCUUUCCUCUCGGUCAACAACAGCAGCAACAGCAGCAGCAGACUUUUGCCCAGACAGCUCAGCAGCAGCAAGUGCAACCACAACGGCAACAACAAAUAGCCAAACCCAGCUUCCCUCAGCAGUCUGCUGCCAACACUAUGACUGUAAAGACUGGAAACCAGGCUGCCAUGACUGUUACUCCUGCUGUUUCUGUAGCUCCUUCCUCGACCUCCUCUCCUGCACUCCCUCUCUCACAGCUCCUCUUGUCCUCCUCUGCUGCCCCCGUGAUCCUGGUUCCCACCUCGAAUGUUCCCACCACCACCCAGGGCUACUCUAUUGGCUCAGUGACCCCAAAAGCCAACGUUAACACUCAGACUCUGGUGGUGCAGCCCUUGCAACAGGCCAGCACUACUGCAGACAAAGGUCCAGUGCCAAUCCAGCCCAAGACAGCUCAGGGACACCGGUUACCUGUGCAGAUGCCCCCUCGACACCCACCUCCCAUUCUCCCAGCACCACCUAGCAACAGCCAGACCACCACUGCAGGGAACAACACUCCCCACAUCCCUGUUCAGCUGGUGGGAGCCAGACAGGGCUUAGCAGGAAAUGCACAGGCCGUGGCCCUGGCACAGGUUCGAAGCAGCACCGGCCAGGAAAGUGCAGCUGGGAACGUUAACGCAGUCUCCAAUAACAGUGCAAUGAUAAAGCCUGCCAUUGGCUCUCUUAAGAGAAAAUCAGACUGUGAUGCACCAAAUGAGAUGGCAACAGACUCUUUAGACUCUGCAUCCAUGAAAGAUUCUGCUCCUCCCUUAUCUCCUGCCCCUACAAAGGAUUCAGCUCCUCCUACAGCAGCUGCCUUCCCAUCUCCUCCUACCCUGUCCUUGCCUCUACCCUUAUCAAGAGUCGGGCUUGGGGACAAAGACAGAGCUCCUGUUCCUCAGGCAGUAGUCAAACCUCAAGUCCUCACCCACCUCAUAGAGGGCUUUGUGAUCCAAGAGGGAGCUGAGCCCUUCCCUGUUGCUGGACUCCUCAAAGACAGAGAUUUUGCCCUGGUUGGCCGCUCAGAGAGUGGACCUGCAUUGUUAAAGUGUGAGUACUGUGGAAGCCUCGCUCCUGCCAGCCAGUUCAGAGGAUCAAAGAGGUUCUGUACAAAUACCUGUGCUAAGAGGUAUAAUGUCAGCUGCAGCCAACACUUCAAGACAAGCAGAGGGAGAACUGCUGCAGGCCUGGCACCACCUCCAGCACCCACUGAGAGCGUUGCUAGGCGAAGGGGCCCCACUCGCAGGACCAGUUCUAAUAACACCUCUAAUAAAAUGCCAAACAGACAUCUACCUGUCAAGUGUCACUCUGAGUCCAGUCGCUCGGAGGACAUAUCCAGUGAUGGUGAAGGGGAAGAAGACGAUUCUCCUUCACUGUCACCAAGCUCUUCACACUCCUGCUCAAGAGCUGGGCACAGCGCUCCUCCGUCUGACAGCUCAGCUCCUGGUAGCCUCCCAGUAGAGGGGGCUAACUUUCUCUCAGCAACUCCCGCUCAGUGGAGCGUAGAAGAAGUCUGCAGGUUUAUCUCCUCACUUCAAGGCUGUGAAGAGUUGGCUGCCCAGUUCUUGUCACAGGAAAUAGACGGGCAGGCUCUGAUGCUUCUGCGAGAGGACCAUCUCAUCUCCACCAUGAAUAUUAAGCUGGGUCCCGCUCUCAAGAUCUGUGCCUCCAUCAACACCCUGCGUGAGUGAUGGAGUCGGUGCUUCAGAGGGACAGGUGAAUCAUUUUCUCACUGAUGACUCCUCACUGGAAUCAAUUCCUGGACCUGCUCCUCUUUUGGUAAGAAAGGACUAAGAUCUAUGGGGACGGUGAGGACGUUUUGUUCUUUGUUUUGUUUUUUUUUUACACAAUGGUGCACCAUCAGUCAUGUGGAGACAUGGAGAUGGAAUUUUUACUUUCUUGACAUUGAAUGUGCAAAAACAUGUUAUGUAUAGUGUUAUGUGUGAGUGGUGAGGAUUUGGCAGUCUGAAGUAUCCAUGUCAGUAGUGUUUGUCAGUUUAUUUGUUUGUUUGUUUGUUUUUUUCUCUGUCACUGUGAGUAGAAGCCUUUUGUAUGUAUACUCUUGUGUGAAACUGUGUGAAUCUGCCAGCCUGCAGUAAUCAGUGCUAGGUCUUCUAGCUAGGACAGUUCACCUGUAGGGUUUAAAAAAAAGAAAAGGAAAAAGAAACAAAGAAAAAAGAAAUGUUGCCUUCUCUUGCUGUUUUUCAAAUGGUGCUUUAACUUUUGUGACAUGAUUUGGAGUGAUGUCAACAGCAGUCCACUUCCUUUAAAUAUUUUAGUCUCUUAGUUUUUACUUGUUAUUAUACCUUAGAUGUUCAAUCCAGGCUCCAAUCACAUCGAGCAAAGGACACUCAGAAAGCCUGGUUUAUUUUAUUUAGUUUAUUUUACCAUUUAUUAAAAGUUUAGUUUUUUUAUCUUUUCGAUUUUUGUACUACAAUCAAAGUUAUUUUUUCAUGAAUACGAUAUAGUUUUAGAAGCUUUAAUCAACUUAACUACCUGAAAUAGGUAUUCCUGAUGGUUUGUUCUCACAAGGGCUGAGUGGAAGUGCUCUGUGAACAUGUAUGCAGUACUACCAAUAAACAAUACCUGUUACUGGG